CAUGUUCGGAAAAUCACUAGUUUUCGCGGCAUGCGUAAAAUGACAGGACAUGAAUAACAAUAAUACAAUUUGUGCCGUGUUUGAACUAAAGGUGAUGGCAGUGAUAUAGUCGUGUUGAUAUACCAGUAUCCUUAAGAUAUAUCAUAUAUAAACAAAUAUAAUGCUAAUUUAAUUCAGAAAUUCGCAAAAUUUGGAACAGGAAAUAAAUGCUAGUUAAUAGUACAAUUUUCAAAAAUAAAGUACUGUUAAAAUGGCAUCAAGCUCAGUAAGUCAAGAAAGUCUUGAUAUAACUGAGGAUUAUGAAAUCACAGCUCGCCGGUCAAGAAUCAGAACUUUGAGAGCCAAAGGGGCAUUUCACAAACCAGGUGAUCAUGAACCUGAUUCUUUUGGUGAUCGGGAUGGUUGGGAUGUGAAUGGUGGGGACGGUUCAACUCUCCAGCCUGGCACAAGUGCCGGUGAAGGAAUCAUUCAUGAUUCACCAUCUCGGUCAGCAGCACAGAGGAUGAAAGACAAGAGACGGCCCAGUCAUCUUCAGAAGGGGAAGCCAUUGAAGGACAAGAGAAAGCUGCGUGAAAAGCGAAGAAGCACUGGUGUGGUUCAUCUUGCUUCGACAGAGGUUUCACAGAGCACAGGUGACUCUUUGGACGAUGAUCACGAGGAAGAGAAAGUUCUAACGGAGGCAAAGCGCAACACAACGUAUAACGAGGUGAUCGAUGAUGAUAACCCUCAGACACCUUCUGAGGUGAUGCGUAGGAUACAACAAUUUCAGACUUUGACAUUGACUUCUAAUAAUAAACCUAGUCAAGAAAUUGUUUCCUCUACGAAGCCUUUGGCACCAAAGGGUUAUGUAGCUAGGAGAAAUAAAAGUCCCUCAGACCUGGAAGCAGAUCUAGAGGAUAACCAGGACUAUGACAGUGCUGUUAGCCAAUCAGACACCAGCUUUGCUUUCAAUGACCAGUCAUCUAAAGAAGCCUCAACCAAUCAAAACAAACCACGAGUCUGGAGUAGCCAAUCAAAGUUUAACUCUUAUUCAACAAACUCCAAACCUUCAGUGACUCAAAGUGAUCAACACAGUAGUUCCUCACAGAGCCCAUUGUCCCAGCAGAGCUCUGGAUUCACGAGGAAGUCAGCCUAUGACAAUGACCGGUCCCCAGUCUUUCAGCCUAGUCAGCCCAAAUCCCCUCGGUCUCCCCGCUCCCCAAAGUCUGCAGGUCAGACUAGUGUGGGCCGGGAGCCGGUGCGGGCAGUGCCCAGCGUUAUGCACCGGUAUCCUGCAGAACGGGAGAGGCAGGAUGCAGGAGCAGGGUACCGAUCAAAGAUAGAGGGAGUCCGGGGGCCUUUUGGCCAGCACUUUGUGAGCUCCCUAAUAAACAAGGAGAACAAGGAUGAUGAUGUUGCCCGCAGGCGGCUUGAAAAGGACCUGGAGCGUGAGCGAGAUGAGAACCGGCGCCUACAAAAUGUGCUGGAGGAAAAGGACCGCAGAAUCGCUGAGCUUGAGAGAAAGGUUGCUAUGCUCAAUAGGGAUGUUGAGGAGUGCCUGGAGGACAAUGAGAAGCUGGAAAUCGAGAACAGGGCCCUUAUACAGGCUGUGGGCCAGCUCUCCACCCGGGGAUCACAUGUGUAAUCUAACCUGCAUAGGAUGACUCCAUACUUAGAAAACCAAGCCACACCUGGGUCACACUUCACACCUUCGCUACACUCGGGUCACACCUUCGUAACACUAGGGAUACACCUUUGCUACACCUGGGACACACUUUCGUAACACUAGGGAUACACCUUUGCUACACCUGGGACACACUUUCGUAACACUAGGGAUACACCUUUGCUACACCUGGGACACACUUUCGUAACACUAGGGAUACACCUUUGCUACACCUGGGACACACUUUCGUAACACUUGGGAUACACCUUUGCGACACCUGGGUCACAUAUCACAACUGGGCUUCAAUUUCCCUACACCUUGGAUACACCGUCACAACACCCGGGACGCAUCUUAGCAACACUGUGGAAACACCUUUGGAAACACCUUUGCAACAUCUGUUCCCUUGAGGAUCUUAUUAGAAGUUUACAUGCCUGUUUCAUGCUGUUCAAACAUGUAUUUAUGUAGCUUGGCUUAUCAGUUAAUCAACGCCAAGAUCUUCUAGAGAAAUAUAAAUUGACACUUUAAUCUAAAAACACAUAUUUACAAUAUCAUUUAUGAUUAUUUUUACAUACCUAAUGUCAAAUUAUGAAUUUACAGUGCAAGGGUAUGGGUGGGGCUUUUGUUUUAACACCUAAUCAUGAAUAUCUAUGAAAUACUUAAAUAUGUCUGUAACAAGUAGUUCCACUAUCCGGUCAGUUCAGGGCACCAGUCAACAGACAUCAUAUAUUGAUUGAUAUAAAUAUAUGACCAAUAAAUACACAUAGUUUCUCAUUGGUCCAGAGCACAAUGGACAAUGCAAAAUAUAAAUCAUAUUUCAUAAGUUUUUUCCUCAUAUUCAUGGUCUAAAAAUAACACCUUAUUGAUACCUAUUCCAUCAGCUACAAAGAGAUGUUAGUUUGGAUGUAGGGAAAAUCCAUAGACAUCAUUUCCGUCUAACUAUUCCCAAUAUAACGUUGAAAUAAUUUAAUACAUUUUACAGGAAAUAACAUUAAAAAGUGCUUUAUUGUCACACUUUAUAGCUUUAUUACCGUAUAAAUAUUAUUGCUUAAGACUUUUUUGUGAUUAUGAUUAUUUUGGAUAUAAAACUACCCCUGUCAUAUAAUAAAACAGUUGUUGAAUAAGGAACCAUACAAUGUGAACUGAUAUUCACUGGCAGAAGAACAUAGGGACGGAAUAUUACUUUCUCCCAGUGAAUAUUAGAUAUUUAUUUUAUGCCUAUCAAUUUCCUUUUCCGUAUCCAAAAGUGAAAAUACAGCAUGCUUCAUAAUAUCCCAUAUUUAUUAGAUAUUUGAUGAGAUUCUAGUAAUACAGAGAGCUAAUACAACGUGGUUAACAACUAAUAUUCUACAGCUUGUCUUAUACGAGGCUAAAUUUGUUAAUAUGAAUUUCUACAAUUUUGAUUGGCUAUUUUGCCAAAUAUGGUAUUUUUGAUAUAGAUCUGUUUUAUUAACUAUCAAAUCUCUCACAAAUUCUUGAAAGAAAUGCCUCCCUUUACUAAAUGGUCAUUUUUAACGUUUGUAUUAAUAAAAAAAUAAUGAAAUACCUUUAACCAAGUUGAUUUUAUAUUGGCCGAGUUAUUUGAUUGCUGUCUGCCCUUUCAGCUCAGGUCAAUACUGCUGACCUUGAACAAAUAACUCGGCCAAUAUGGAAUCAACUCAUUAAUAACAUUAUAACAUUCAAUGACUCCCAAGUCAAUACCGGCAAUUGCAUAAAUGGAAUGCCAUAUUUGAUUUCUGUAAAUCAUCCUACAAAUAACAAUUCAUAGCAAUCUAUCAUGUUAGGAUGACAGUUUGUGUUAUAAGUCAUGGUUGUUACCACUAUGUUACUGUUUUAUGUAUGAUAUGCCUGUUAAUAUAUACCUACUAUUAUUUGAUAAUAAUUAUGAUUAUGAUUUAUAAUUAUGAUUUUUCAGGGGUAAAAUUGGUUCACCCAGUAUUGUGUAUGCAUAGUUUAUUACAGUUUUCAUACUUAUUUAAAUGCAAAUACAAAAAUAUUGUUUAAUUAUUUAUGUGAUACUGAUGCUUUUUUUAUUUUUCAUUCAUCAAAACAUGGUUUAAAUGUGUCACCUAUUGCAGAAAAAAUACCCAUAAAAAGCCAUUUUUAUUUACAAUGUCUUGUGCAGGAUUUUAAGUGGAAAUGAGUCAAUUCUUGUGUCGACAUGUAUCUCUUGUCCAACACUCGGCAGAAUUGGUCCAUGUUUAUGACAUAAGACACCUUGUGCACAAAUUCCAGUAAAUAUGUGUUCAUACAAUAGUUGUUAUUUCCAUAUUUGUAAACAUGUCAGAUGAUUAUAUGUGCUACUUUCUGGAGUGGAUAAUGCUUAAAAUAACCAGCCCACAAUAUACUGUAUUUUUGUUUGGUUCAUUGUGGCAAUGCGUGACCCAUUCAAGUGCUAUAGCAUCAUUGUUAAUGGUUAAUCAAAAACAUGAGAGAAAAUGCUCUUGUUGAACAUUAAAAAAAUGGUUUGGCUUUGAUUUAGAAAAUUCUGUACUAAUCGGUUGUUGAUUACAGUUUUGUUUUAUUAAUCAAAGUUAAUAAAUUAAAUUAAGCUUGAAAAUACUUAAGUCACUUAAAUGUGAAGUCUCUUAAACACAUUUUGUUGCAUUGGAAACUAAUGCAGGUUUUUGUUUCUUUUAACAACUUCAAUUUAAAUGUUUUGUGUUUAAAUGAAAUCUUGUUUUGUUUAGUCUAAAUCGUGGCAAAACAGUUGCUCAAUAAGUACUCACAGCUCCAGCAAAGACAGGCUGGAUUUUUCUCUUAUGACAUUUUGCAUAAUACAAACAGGAUUAGCACUCUCAAUAUAUCUGAACUGGGAGGAAAAAUGUGAUCUGGAUGAAAUUUCCAUUUACACAUUAUUUUGCAGCUUUCAGAAUGUUAAGACCAUACAAAAACAAUCAAUUGUUCACUGUUCGUCAGCAUGAUCGUUACAGAUAAUAUUUGAGACUGUGUUCAGAAAUGUUGGCCAUAUUGUUGUUGAUGCAAAAUAUUUUAUAAAAUCUGUGUUUUACUAAAGGCAGAGAUAUUUUAUACAUAUAUAUGGAUCUAAGAUGGAAAAGAUGUGAUUAGAAUCUCACGUUGUUAUUUUAUUUAGAAUAUAUUCUUUAUCUUCUUGUAUCUAAAAUAAGGAGACGAUUGGACAUUUUUGUCUUUAACUUUAAUGAUAAAAUAAAGCAAGAGCCAUUAAACACAUACGCAUUAUUUUUAAAAACUACCAGCUUAACAAUAUGAUUGAAAUAUAUAUCAUAAUUCGCUUGUUGUGAGCCAAAAUGAUUUAAUUACUUCAUUGAAGGAGGUAAAUUAAAUUGCAAUUAAACUUACAUUAAGCGUGAUUUUGUUUUGUGUUUAUUACAAACAUUCCAUGAUUAAAUAUCUUUCAUUUUCAAGCAGUAUUGAAUGUGUUGUUUAUGACAGGUUGUGCUAGGUAUUUUAUUAAUCAAUCUUGAUAGCCUCUAAUAUAACAUGGGCUUCUAUCUGCUUCUAUCUGCUUCAAGAGAAAAAUGAUAAAUGAUAUAGAAUAUUAUUGGGUAUAUAUUUGCUUCAUGCAGGUAUAUGCUUCUGUGUUCAUUACAAUGUAUUUAUUCAUUCCAUUUACUCUUUGUUGUUGAUAUUUGUGUAUUUUCACUAUUUUGUAACCAAGAAAUAAAUCAUGUACGUUGUUAAUGUAAAGGGCAUUCCGAAAGAUACAAAGACUUCAGUAAUGCUACAAAACUCAUAAUUUUUGUCGAUGGGUUUUUAGAGCAGUUGUAACUUAAUUUAAUUUUGUGUUGUGUGUUUGGUAAAAUAUUGACAUUUUAAUUUGAUAUUUCACUUGUCUCAUUAGACAUUGCUUUCCCUAUCAGUAAAGUUACAGUUUUCAAUAUUACUGGCUGAAUAUCGCUGAUAUGAUGUCACUGUUUUGAUGUCACAGUGUAUGUUAUUUUUAGGAUUUGCUAACUCAUGUAAAUUAGGCUAGACAUUUAUUUCAAGUUUUACUUUUAAGUUCAAACUUUGCUAUCAACCAGUACAAUGGUGAUCACUUGAAGAAAUAAAUAUCAUUACAUAUCGUCUAUGAAGUUAUACAGUGUUUUCAAGUACUACUCAAAUUCUGAUAGAGCUUGUCAUGGGUUGCUAGUUCUGUUCAUAAUUUUUGUUCAAUAUAAACAUAUCUGAUGUACAAUUAAUGAAUUUUGGUUGCCUAGUGACCCCAUGUUACUUUGUUUUCAUUUGAAAGGGUUUUUAUGUGUAGAAAGAGUAUGUAAAAAAAUAAACUAAAAUUAAUAAUACAAACAAACUUUUAUGGACUUUAACAAUGACAAAAUGGUCAUUUUUUAUAUCUGAUUUCAGUUGAAUGAAUGAACAAAAACAUGAAUUGCAGUGGAUUUAUCUUUAUUAAUAUCUCGGUCAUUUAUUUUACAUAUUAGUAGUCAGAGAGCAAUCCCCUUUCAAAUAUUUCAAUACAUACAUGAGGUCAGAAGCAUCAGAAAUUGUCAUUAUGACCACUGGCUCGAUGUAAUAACACACUUAUUUUUACAUGGAAAACCUUCAGAGAAAAUUAGCUGUUGGAAUGUGUCAGAAAGAUAUAAACCUCCUGGAUAUUUGCAUGCGUUAGGUAACGCUUUGUUGUAGGCUGUAAAGUUUUUGGUUUCAAUUGUUUUGUGUGCUACAAAUGUUAAAUCAAAGUAACAUGUUAUCUGUUUUUGUAUACAAAAAUGUGUGUUUAAUUAUUUCUCUGUUGUGAUUUAUAUAUUUAUAUAUAUUUACAUUAUUUUGUUAUGUACAGCUUUUACACUAUAUUGUGUCAAAUAUUGUGAUGUCCAGCUUUAAGUAUUUUUAGUUUUUUUCCGUAGUCGCUUGUUGACUCUAAAUUAGUACAUGUUUUAAACAUGAUUUGUUGGAUUGCUUUAGACAUCAACCGUAGCUAUUCAUUUCAUUAAAAAUGAGUGUAAUAAUAUAUAUAAACAAUGUAGGUAGCACACAUGUUAUUGUAUUAGUGUUUCUGUUUUUCAGAGAAUCCAUUGUGGGGAUUUAACAAAAUAGUCUUGUCAUGAGCUUAUCUUUGGAUAAGCCAAUAUCAUAUCUACACAAAUGUACUGCAAUAUAAACUCCAGGGAAAACACCUGAAUUUCUACCCUCAAGUUCAGUUAUUAAGUGGUAUGUGUUUGAUCUUAUAAGUGUUUUUCAUGAACAGUUGAAUUGAGAAUCAAAGUUUUACAGACAAUACAUGCACAGAACAGAACAGACACACAACCAUAUACACAGAGCAAAACAGACACUCUACAUCCAACACAUGAUUGAACAUUCACCCUAUAGAAGAUACAGAACAGUUGGUCUACAUCCGACACAUCACUGAACAGUCACUCUAUAGGAGAUACAGAACAUACGAUCUACAUCCGACAGAUGACAGAAUAGUUCCUCUAUAUGAGAUACAGAACAGACGGUCUACCACCGACACAUGAACAUUCACUCUAUAGGAGAUACAGAACAGACGGUCGAAAUCCGACACAUUAACAUUCACUGUAUAGGAGAUACAGAACAGACGGUCUACCACCGACACAUGAACAUUCACUCUAUAGGAGAUACAGAACAGACGGUCGAAAUCUGACACAUGACAUAACAGUCACUAUAGGGGAUACAGAACAGAUGGUCAACAUCUGACACAUGACAGAACAGUCACUCUAUAGAAGAUACAGAACAGACGGUCUACAUCCAACACAUGACAGAACAGUUACUCUAUAGAAGAUACAGAAAAGACAGUUUACAUCUGACACAUGACGGAACAGUUACUCUAUAGGAGAUACAGAACAGACGGUCUACAUCUGACACAUGACAGAACAGUCACUGUAUAGGAGAUACAGAACACACAGGCUACAUCCAACACAUGACAGAGCAGUUACUCUAUAUGAGAUUCAGAACACGCGGUCUACAACCGAUUUAUGACAGAGCAGUUACUCUUUAGGAGAUACAGAACACACAGGCUACAUCCAACACAUGACAGAGCAGUUACUCUAUAUGAGAUUCAGAACACGCGGUCUACAACCGAUUUAUGACAGAGCAGUUACUCUUUAGGAGAUACAGAACACGCAGUCUUCAUCUAAUGACUGGACAGAACUGUCGCAUAACAAAAGACAAAGGACACAAUAGGUCAGACAGUCGACAAGCGAAACAGAAUAGAACUGUUACUCAACAAGAGACACAAGGCACAAAAGGUCAGCCAGUCUACUAGAGACACAGGACAGAGCAGAAAACAUGCUACAAAAACACAGUAUGGAACAAAAUAGGAAGACACACUAAUAUGUAUCGAUAUCAAUAAAUGUUUGGGCUACUGUACUGGAAUGGUCAGUGAAAAUUAGGAGUUUGCUGGGGGGGUGGACACAUUCCAUAAGAAAUUUUUAGUAAUGGAAUGGAUCGAUAUAGAACAUGGUUGUGAUUUAACCAGAAAUUCAAUGUGAACGUACUACACAAUAAAAUAUAUGUCAUAA